AUGAAACGACCUAACUGGGAUUCUAUGUCAUUACAACCAUUUAAUAAAGAUUUUUAUAAUCCACCUCCAUCAGUACUGAAUAGAUCACCUUAUGAAGUAGAAGAGUACAGAAAUCAACAUGAAAUCACUGUUAGUGGAGUCGAGGUCCCAACUCCUAUUCAUCUUUUUGAAGAAGGCAAUUUUCCUGACUAUGUCAUGAAUUCUAUUAAAGGAAUGGGAUAUAAAGAUCCUACUCCUAUUCAAGCUCAAGGUUGGCCAAUUGCCAUGUCUGGGAAGAACUUGGUUGGUAUUGCCCAGACAGGUUCUGGUAAAACAUUAGCUUACAUUUUACCUGCGAUUGUACACAUCAACAACCAGCCUCCUGUGAGGAGAGGAGAUGGGCCAAUUGCCCUUGUAUUAGCGCCUACAAGAGAACUAGCACAGCAAAUCCAGCAAGUUGCUACUGAUUUUGGCAAUGCAGCCUAUGUUCGUAACACAUGCAUAUUUGGAGGUGCACCAAAAAGGGAACAGGCUCGUGAUUUAGAAAGAGGAGUAGAAAUUGUAAUAGCUACACCAGGAAGAUUGAUUGAUUUCCUAGAAAAGGGUACAACUAAUCUUCAAAGAUGUACUUAUUUAGUUUUGGACGAAGCUGAUCGUAUGUUAGACAUGGGCUUUGAACCCCAAAUAAGGAAAAUCAUUGAACAAAUUCGCCCUGACAGACAAACAUUGAUGUGGUCUGCCACAUGGCCUAAGGAGGUUAAGAAAUUGGCUGAAGAUUACCUGGGAGAUUAUGUACAAAUUAAUAUCGGCUCUAUGCAGUUGUCUGCCAACCACAACAUCCUACAAAUUAUAGACGUUUGUCAAGAACAUGAAAAAGAAAAUAAGUUGAACGUACUGCUACAAGAAAUUGGUCAAAGUCAAGAUCCUGGCGCGAAGACCAUUAUUUUCGUUGAAACCAAGAGAAAGGUAGAAAAUAUAACCAGAAGUAUUAGGCGGUAUGGAUGGCCAGCAGUUUGCAUGCACGGUGACAAAACACAGCAAGAAAGAGAUGAUGUGUUAUAUCAAUUCAAACAAGGCCGUGCAAAUAUACUAGUUGCAACUGAUGUUGCAGCCAGAGGAUUAGAUGUGGAUGGAAUUAAAUAUGUCAUAAACUUUGAUUAUCCUAAUUCAUCUGAAGAUUACAUUCACCGCAUUGGUAGGACUGGACGAUCAAAAUCAAAAGGAACAUCGUAUGCCUUUUUCACACCUUCAAAUUCACGACAGGCUAAAGACCUAGUUUCAGUAUUACAGGAGGCUAACCAGGUGGUUUGCCCUCAACUGCAAGGCAUGGCUGACCGUUGCGGUGGAGGUGGCGGAGGAUGGAAUAGGAACAGAUAUGGCGGCGGCCGUGGAGGUGGCUCCUUCAAGAGGGGAUCAAACUUUGGCAGGGGCAAUGGACAGGGUGGCGGCGGUCAUAGAAGAUUUAAUGAAUAU